AUGCCGAAAAUAAAGAGCAAUUUCGCGUGUGAAGGAAUCUCAGAAUCUCAGAAUCUCAGAUUCUCAGAAUCUCAGAAUCUCAGAAUCUCAGAACAGAAUCUUAGAAUCUCAGAAUCUCAGAAUCUCAGAAUCUCAGAAUCUCAGAAUCUCAGAAUCUCAGAAUCUCAGAAUCUCAGAAUCUCAGAAUCUCAUAAUCUCAAAAUCUCAGAAUCUCAGAAUCUCAGAGUCUCAGAGUCUCAGAAUCUCAACCCAGAAUCUCAAAAUGUCAAAAUUUCAGAAUCUCAGAAUCUCAGAUUCUCAGAAUCUCAGAAUCUCAGAUUCUCAGAAUCUCAGAAUCUCAGAAUCUUAGAAUCUCAGAAUUUCAGAAUCUCAGAAUUUCAGAAUCUCCGAAUCUUAGAAUCUCAGAGUUUCAGAACCUCAGAAUCUCAGAAUCUCAGAAUUUCAGAAUCUCAGAAUCUCAGAAUCUCAGAUUCUCAGAAUCUCAGAAUCUCAGAACAGAAUCUUAGAAUCUCAGCAUCUCAGAAUCUCAGAAUCUCAGAAUCUCAGAAUUUCAGAAUCUCAGAAUCUCAGAAUCUCAGAAUCUCAGAAUCUCAUAAUCUCAAAAUCUCAGAAUCUCAGAAUCUCAGAAUCUCAGAAUCUCAGAACAGAAUCUUAGAAUCUCAGAAUCUCAGAAUCUCAGAAUCUCAGAAUCUCAGAAUCUCAGAAUCUCAGAAUCUCAGAAUCUCAGAAUCUCAUAAUCUCAAAAUCUCAGAAUCUCAGAAUCUCAGAAUCUCAGAGUCUCAGAGUCUCAGAAUCUCAACCCAGAAUCUCAAAAUGUCAAAAUUUCAGAAUCUCAGAAUCUCAGAUUCUCAGAAUCUCAGAUUCUCAGAAUCUCAGAAUCUCAGAAUCUUAGAAUCUCAGAAUUUCAGAAUCUCAGAAUUUCAGAAUCUCCGAAUCUUAGAAUCUCAGAGUUUCAGAACCUCAGAAUCUCAGAAUCUCAGAAUUUCAGAAUCUCAGAAUCUCAGAAUCUCAGAUUCUCAGAAUCUCAGAAUCUCAGAACAGAAUCUUAGAAUCUCAGCAUCUCAGAAUCUCAGAAUCUCAGAAUCUCAGAAUUUCAGAAUCUCAGAGUUUCAGAACCUCAGAAUCUCAGAAUCUCAGAAAUUUCAGAAUCUCAGAACCUCAGAAUCUCAGAAUCCCAGAAUCUCAGAGUCUCAGAAUUGCAGAAUUGCAGAAUCUCAGAAUCUGAGAAUUCCAGAACUUCAAAAUCUCCGAAACUCAAAACCUCAGAAUCUCAGAACCUCAAAAUUUCGGAAUUUCGGAACUUCAGAAUCUCAGAAUCUCUGA